AUGCCGUUAGUACUCCUCACAGGGUUCCCGUCCAGCGGGAAGACCACCUACGCGCGGCAGCUGGAGGCGCUGCUGCAGGCCAAGUGUGCUAGCUCGCCGGAACUCGCCAAGUACACGGUGGUGUACCACUCGGACGAGACGCUGGGGAUCCAGCACGAUGAUUACAAGACUUCGCAGGGCGAAAAAAGCGCCCGGUCAAAGAUCAUGUCCGUGGUGAAGCGAGACCUUUCGCGGAAUGCGAUCGUCAUCGUGGACUCGCUAAACUACAUCAAAGGGUUUCGCUACCAGCUGCACUGUGAGGUGAAGCACGCGAUGACCACCUACUGCUUGGUGCACUGUCUGGCGGCGUACGAAAAGCUGGUACAAUGGAACACGCAGCAGGACACGCCGUGGGACGCGGCGCUGCUUGAGGCAUUGAUACAGCGGUACGAGGAGCCUAAUCCCGCGACUCGGUGGGACUCGCCGUUGUUCGCGGUGCUGUCCGGCGAAGACAAGCUUGAGGCAAUAGCAGAUGACGUAUACAAGGCGCUCUUCCCACAGCUCUACCGUGACUGCGCAGACCGGGAAACGGAAAAGCUGUUACAGGGCCUGACUCCCAACAGCGCCACUAUUCUGAAGCCUGCGGCGCAUGUGAACCUUGUCCAGGUGCUUGAUUCCGAAACUCAAGCUGUGGUGAAAACGAUCAUGCAACAUCUGCAGUCGAAUGUGGUGUCUGGCAACAUCCGGGUCAUAGUUUCGGAAACGAAGGAUAUUAAUGACCCCUCGUGCUGCUACGUGGAGCUGCAGAGUGAUCGCGUCGGCAUGGCGCAGCUCCAGCGUAUCCGGCGGCAGUUUGUGCAAAUGAACAAGCUCAGGAAUAUCGAAAAGGAGAGAAUUAUACCGUUAUUUACAGAAUUUUUAAACAAGAACCUGCGGUCUGAUUUAUAG